AUGCAGAUGCAUGAGAGGUAUGAGAUGCAUCAGUGGCAUGAGAAAUAUCAGAAGCACAUGAGAAUGAGAUGCAACAGGAGCACUAUCAGAAACAGGAGAUGGAUGUCCAAGGCGUUGAUGCCAAAGAAGACCAUCGUCAUGCAAGGAUCCACAGAAAUUGGAAGAAGGAGCAGCAGUGACUUGAAGAAUGUAGAGAUUGUUGAUAAGAGUGCCUCUACCAAUCAUCAAGCCCUGAAUAGACUCCUGGAUAAUGCAAUGAUCAGCAUUAAAAUGAGCAGAACGAUUAUCAUGUUUAAGCAAGCUACUAACGCUGAUGAGAUUGAAGCGAAAUGA